AUGGCUUCUCCUCUGCUCCUGUCCAUUUUGUUGUGCUUCAACCUUUCCACUGUUCAUGGAGCUGGUAACGGCAGCUUUGUGACGGUGCCAUCCAGCUCUUUUGAGCCAGAGACAGUUUGCUCUGGAGCGAUAGUGAAGCCGGAGCAGAACGGCUCCACCGUGUACGUUCCGCUAGUACACCGCCACGGUCCGUGUGCGCCGUCCCUAUCAACAAACACGCCGUCCUUCGCUGUGAUGUUCCGCAGAAGCCAUGCUCGCCUGAACUACAUCGUCAGCGGAGCAACGAGGGGCAUGGAGACAUACGGAGACGGGAAAAAGGUGAGCGUCCCAGCCCACCUAGGCACCUCCGUGAACUCGCUAGAGUACGUUGCCAAGGUGAGCUUUGGCACGCCGGCACUGCCACAGAUCGUUGUCAUCGACACCGGCAGCGACCUGUCAUGGUUGCAGUGCAAGCCGUGCAGCUCCGGCCAGUGCUCCCCGCAGAAGGACCCCUUGUUUGACCCGAGCCACUCGUCGACGUAUAGUGCUGUCCCCUGCCUCUCCGACGAGUGCAAGAAACUCACCGCCGAUGCGUACGGCAGCGGCUGUACGAAUGGCAAACCGUGCGGGUUUGCCAUCUCGUAUGCAGACGUAACAAGCACGGUGGGCACGUACAGCAAGAACAAGCUGACGCUGGCGCCUGGUACCAUCGUCAAGAAUUUUUACUUUGGUUGUGGCCAUAGCAAGAGCUCGGUGCGGCACUUGUUCGACGGCCUCCUUGGGCUCGGCCGCUUGUCGGAGUCGCUCGGCGCACAGUACGGUGGUGGCGGCUUCUCGUACUGCCUCCCUGCGGUGAACAGCAAGCCUGGGUUUCUUGCCCUUGGUGCAAGGAGGAAUCCAUCUGGCUUCGUCUUCACGCCGAUGGGCAGGGUCCCCGGACAGCCAACGUUUUCCACGGUGACGCUCUCCGGGAUCACAGUCGGCGGCAAAAAGCUUGACCUCCGGCCGUCGGCGUUCAGCGGGGGCAUGAUCGUAGACUCCGGUACCGUCGUCACUGGCCUCCAGUCGACGGCGUACCGGGCACUGCGGUCAGCAUUCAGAAAGGCCAUGGAAGCAUACCGGCUGGUUCCACACGGUGACCUUGACACCUGCUACAACUUGACAGGUUAUAAGAAUGUCGUUGUGCCCAAGAUUGCCAUGACGUUCAGUGGUGGAGCCACUAUCAACCUGGAUGUUCCCAACGGAAUUCUGGUGAAUGGCUGCCUCGCAUUUGCGGAGUCUGGGCAGGAUGGUAGCACCGGAGUCCUCGGCAACGUGAAUCAACGAACCUUCGAGGUGUUAUUCAACACCAGUGCUAGUAAAUUUGGCUUCCGGGCUAAGGCCUGCUGA